ACGAGCGAUAUUCUAACUCUAUAAGACAGCACAAAAAACAUUCAUUUUUACCUCUUUGAGGCGCUCAGUUUAACUCGAUCUCUGUAGAUCUCUUUAAUGAUAUUUAUUCUAACUUCUGGUAAAGUUUCAAUAAGUUUGGUUCUGAUAGAAUGGUGUUAUGAAUGUUCUUGACGACGGGAUGUGCUCGACAUGGAACCACCGUAGCUACUGUCAACAUAAAACAAGAUGAAUUUUCUCUUCGUCGAGUUGGGCAAGAAAUACGGCCAAAAAACUUUCCAGUUUAACAAAUAAUGAAAGGUCAAGUGCGUCCCUUCUAGUCUUAACUACAAGAUUGUAAAAUAAACAACAAAAUGGCUGAAGCAGUUAAAGUCAUCGUUCGUUCCCGACCUCUCAACCAACGAGAGAAAGAUCUCAAAUGUGAGGUUGUCCUAGAAAUGGACAGCAACUCUGGCCUUUGUUCCUUGCACAAGCCAGGGGAGAAAAACCAGCCUCCAAAGAACUUCACUUUUGAYGGAGCCUAUUACAUAGAUUCAACUACUGAGAGUAUAUACAAUGAUAUAUGCUUUCCGUUAGUCGAAGGAGUUCUAGAGGGGUAUAAUGGGACUGUCUUUGCCUAUGGACAAACCGGUUGUGGUAAGUCCUUCAGUAUGCAAGGAAUAACAGACCCCCCAACCCAAAGAGGGAUAAUCCCAAGAGCGUUUGAGCAUAUUUUUGAGACUAUCGAAGUAGCAGAUAACUCCAAAUUUUUAGUUCAUGCAUCUUACUUGGAAAUUUACAAUGAAGAAAUCAGAGACUUGCUCGGGAAGGACCACAAAGCUAAACUAGAAUUAAAAGAACACCCAGAUAAGGGAGUCUACGCUAAAGACCUCUCGCUUCACCCAGUGAAUAACAGUACCGAACUGGAACAUGUAAUGGACCUUGGUAGCAAGAACCGUUCAGUUGGUGCAACAUUAAUGAAUGCCGACUCCUCUCGCUCGCAUUCUAUUUUUAGUAUUUUAAUUGAGAUAUUAGAUACUGCUGCUGAUGGUGGUGAGCACAUUCGUGCGGGAAAGCUUAACCUUGUAGAUUUAGCAGGAAGCGAGAGGCAGUCUAAGACAGGAGCUACUGGAGAUAGGUUAAAAGAAGCAACCAAGAUUAAUCUCUCUCUUUCUGCACUUGGUAAUGUUAUCUCGGCUUUGGUGGAUGGAAAAGCAAAACAUAUUCCUUAUCGAGACUCAAAACUUACCCGUCUUCUUCAGGAUUCUCUGGGUGGUAAUACCAAGACAUUAAUGGUAGCUUGCUUAAGUCCAGCAGACAAUAACUACGACGAGACACUCAGUACCUUGCGCUAUGCAAACAGAGCCAAGAACAUCAAGAACAAACCACAUAUCAAUGAAGAUCCAAAGGAUGCUCUGCUGCGAGAGUAUAAAGAAGAGAUAGAGAAACUGAAGAGGAUGUUGAUGGGACAGAUGGACAUACCCACUGGUUUACUGGACGGUACGCCAUCUACAACCUCAGUCCCUCCAAAACCAACAGCUCGCCGACUUUCUCACGAACAUGUGAUGGCCGUCGCAGUUGAAACUGAACAACUCCGACAGGAAUACGAAGCAAGAAUCCUUGACAUGAAGACCAUGUAUGAAGCAGAGCAAAUGUCAAAGCAAAAACUGCAAGCUGAAAUGGAUAAGUUGAAGGAAGAUUAUAACAAGAAGGUUCAUGAUAUUGAGGAACAUUAUGCCGAGGAGGAAGGCAUUUCUGAUGGCCAGGCGUAUAAAUCAAAUGGUCUGACGUCAGUGACACCAGAUAUGGAUAACACAAUGAGUCUUAUUACAUUAGAUGAGGCUCGUCGUGCUUCCGAAUCGCACACUUCUCUGCCCCACGAACCUUCCCAAGCAUCUGUAGUUCAUCUUUAUCAAGCAAAGUUUCCCAAAAGCAUUGAAAAUGUUCCCGUUGCCAUCGCAGACCAACGUGGUGCCCAGCAAGAAGCUCUCAAGCGUCUACAAGAACUACAAGAGAAGAUGGUUGGCGGAGAAAAGAAGGGAGACCAGAAGCUUAAAGAGAAGAGAAAAGAAAGAAAAGCGUACGCGAAAUCUAAGAAAGAAAAGCUGUUUCUGGCAGCAAAAAAGAUGGACGACGAAGGAAUCUCAACCAUGGUCAAAGUAUACGACUCGCUUCAAGACGAAAUUAAAUUUAAAACGAAGAAGAUAGAUCGUUUGGAAAAAGAAGUUACGAGUUUGAACACAGAGAUUGAUGACUUACAGAUAGAGUUUGAACGAGAUAGGGAGGAUUACCUGGACACGAUUCGUAAACAGGAGCAAAUGGUGAAGUUACAACAGCAGAUUUUAGAUAAGAUUCAGCCCUGCAUCAGACGGGAUUGUAAUUAUUACAACAUCGAUAGGAUAAAGACAGAAUGUGUUUGGGAUGAAGAGAAUGCAAAGUGGAAUCUACCAGAUCUUGUGAUUACCAAGACAACGCUCCCCACCCCGGGAGGGGUGAUGCCAGGUGCUUCCCCCCAAACAAGGCGAAAGUCGCCUAUCAGUAGAGCUCAAGUAACUAAUCAGGGGCAGCUUGCGAAUGGAUAUGGUGGUGGUGGCUACCAUGACGAAAACGAGGACAGAUUUCGACACCAUUUGGAGAGAAGUACGCACACAGAACUCGCUGCAAAUUACUUUAAACCAAAAAGAGCUGAAAAACUUCUGACUCAGAAUACGCGCUACGAAGCAAUAGAUCGGAGAGAGACUACCUCUCCCGUGGGCUCUCGUCAGGGGAACAGUUUUGGCUCCACAAUACCUCCCCCUAGGGCGUUCGGUAGUAACCAUAGUAACCUUCCCCCUCAAGAAGCGCAUGCCCCAAGACCGCUGCGUUUGGAAUCGUUGAAUGUAACGACAGAGAAAGAGAGAAAGAAGAAGAAGAAAAGACAACAGCACAUAGAACAAGCACAAGAAAGGAGAAGAGAAGAUUCUUGGUAGCCAAGAAAUGUCGCAAUCUCUCUGGAAUCCUUGCUUUAGUGAAUUGAAAAUUGUAAUAUAAUAGUGUGAAAUUAAUAUAUAAUUGCACGUGUAGCACGUGAUAGGUCGAGCAACCAAUCAUGUCACUGGCUGCUUUGCAUUGCUGGGCUUCCUUUGCCAAUGUGGAAUGUGUGGUCUUGGAAAGAUCGACCAGAAUCUAAUAUUGAAAUUAAUUUAUUGAAUUGUACUAAAUUGACUUGCCUCAUGGUUCGGGCCUGCGUAGUUUUUGGUCAGUGGCAUGGAGCGGAGAGAUCUGGGGCGAAUCCAAUCCUUCUUUACACCAGAUUGAAUAUAUCGUCAAUGGGAAGAAAAUCACUUCAAACCAGUAAAACCUGUUUCGAGUUUUGUUGGCCACCUGUUUGCUGGAGAGGAGGUUGAGUUGUGGUGCUGACCUAAACGAACGGAGGCUCGCUCAGGCUCGAGAAUUACUAGAUAGAAAACCAAUUGAUUCAUAUGAACAAACGCGCAUGUCUCACUUGCGUGUUUCUGCUGUACAUGAUGUUUGUAGCGUGAAUUAUAAGAAGAAAAGAAUAAAGAAAGCUUCUCUUUGA